AAAAAGUCGACCGGAGGUGCUGACUUCCUCAAUUGUCCUGACAGGAGCAUUUCGUGGUACCUUUGUAAAUAUAUGCUCUUUUUCUUGGAGACAAUGACAUUAUUAAAAUGGUCUCUCUCAAUUACUUGCUGGUGACAAUUACUGGCCUAAUUUAUUUUAGCUUCAGAAGGAGUUCUUGGUAGGCAGGCUGCUAUUGUAAGUUGAUCAUUCUACAGGUGGUCUUCAGUUUAACUGUGUCUCUCGGAUCCUGAUUUAGAGAUGGUUUUAUGCCUGUAUUUGACUCAAUAAUUAUUUUUGUUAUGCUCUUCUAAUUUAUUUUUCAAAAUAUGUUUUCUUAACAUAUGUGAACAGAUGUACAACACUAGAACCCUUUCUGCAGCACCUCUUUUAGUAGACACCUCCAUCUUCAGUGUUUUCUAUCCCUCAUAUUCAGGCUCCAAAGGGAUUACAUUAAUUGUAUUGAACUUAAACAUGUAGGCUAAGCCCAUGCAGUUUUACAUGUUCAAGAAUACUGAAACCAUAUACUUAAAAUGUCAUGUCAAGAGUGUUUCCUGCGAAAUGUUAGACAAAAACUUUUAGAGCUGCAGAACAGCGUUAAAAUAACAGUCUACAUUUUGCUGAAGGAAGUAGCAUGAACAAUCCAUGUUAGGUUUACAGAAUGGAAGCUUCAUUGAGAUUGGAAGCUUGUGUGAAUGAAGUUAAACAAACAGGAAAGUCAACAAAGUUGGGUUUGUCAUGAAGUAGAGUGCACAGUGCAAAAGUCCUACAGAACCAGGGGGAGGUUACAAUGAAGCACCCUUGAGCUUUCAUUCGAGAGAAUGUAUUUUUGACAAGGUGAAGAUUUGCUUGAAGUGAGACCGAUGCGGGGAGCAUCCCAGCUGUGCAUUGUAGCACAGCAGCUCCUGUGAGCUCCGACUGGACCAUCACCUCUCCACCCCUCGCCUGUCCUAGAAAUGGCUGCUCAGAGGAAGCACCUGGUCAGAGAUUUUAACCACUACAUCACCUGCUACGUUUGUAAAGGAUACUUAAUCAAGCCCACCACAGUGACCGAGUGCCUCCACACUUUUUGCAAACGCUGCAUCGUCCAACACUUUGAAGACAGCAAUGACUGUCCCAAAUGCGGCAUCCAAGUUCACGAAACAAAUCCAUUAGAAAUGCUAAGGCUGGACAACACAUUGGAAGAGAUCAUAUUUAAACUUGUGCCUGGACUCAGAGAAAAGGAACAACAACAAGAAAUAGAGUUCUGGAGGAAGACCAAAUCAAAAGAAAACGGAGGAGAUGACAGUCCGAGAGCCAAGAGAGCCCGAAUGGACAAUGAAGAAGAGGAAGAUGGAGACCAUGAUCACCACAGAAGUGACCCCCAGAUAGCUAUCUGCCUUGACUGCUUAAGAAACAGCAGUCAAUCGGCAGAAAACAUAGUGAAGUCUGAGUUUCUACCCAACCUUGAGAAAACGAUCUUGUUUCAAUUCCCGCUCCAGGGUUUAAUGAAGAAAUUUAUACGCUGCUCCACUCGAGUGACGGUUGGAACAAUAAAGAAGUUUCUUAGUCUGAAGUUAAAGCUUCCAACUUCUUAUGAGCUGGAUGUACUAUGCAAUGGUGAGAUCAUGGGGAAAGAUCAUACUAUGGAAUUUAUCUAUAUGACAAGAUGGAGACUUCGGGGUGAAAAUUCUUACCCAAUGGUACUACAGUAUCGACCACGGAUUGACUUUGGUUAGACCAGAGGGAGACAGAGUGAACCUGCUGAGGUGACUCCUGCACUAAAGUAAACCCAUCGACAGAUUACACAAUGAAUGGAUGUGCCUGAACCAGGGACACAGAUGCUUCUGUUUGUUUUCCGCAUGCAGAUAGAUGUCUAUCCUGUUAGAUUUUGGUUUCUUCAAGUCAGUUUUAUGUUUUAAUUUGACAGCAAAUUAAUGUGUGCCAAUCUUGCUCCUUCAACAUCCUACCUAGAAUAAGUGUAACUCUUGGCAUGGGUUUUUCGUAGUCCAGAAACUAAUGUAACAACGGAACUGUUCCGCUUCUUUUAAUUUGAAUAUAACAAGCGUAUCUCUUGCACUGCAGUGGCACAGUGUACAGAUCGGUGAAAAUAAUGACUCAAUUUGCUGUUGAACGAGUAUGUUGGACCCACUGGAGUAAAAUCCAAAUUGAACUGAUACGUUCAAGUUGUUCAACAGAAUGCUUUCUGGCUUGGAUACGCUUAGAAGUUAUAAGGUAUCAAUAUAUUGGUCAUGAAAAUAGCAAGUGAAUUUAACUCAGUGAGAGGUGUUUAUGGGAAGCCUUGAGAUGUGUAACAGUUAAAACAGGCUACUAAUCUGUAUUUAAGGUUUAUAAAUGUGUUAUUGGUUAGAAAUAGACAUUGUAAACAAUCUAAAAGACAUGCUAAAAACUGUUUCAGAAUAUAUGUUGGUGGCGGUGAUGAUUAGAGAAGAACUGUUUUGAAUUUUGAAUACCAUGAUCUGAAGAUUCCUAAUAAGAUAAUAUCAUCCACCCAACACCUUUUUGGUUAUUACUGCAUCACACUGUGGACAGAUUAUAUAGGCCCUGUUUUUAAGGGUCGUAGCCACUUUCUUAGUUAUUAAUGUCAGGACAGACAGUUGUAUUUAUUCAUAGAGUAAUUGGUUGUGUUUUCCAUUGUAAAUGUCAUACUGCAAGAGAUUUGUACAAGUUUUCUCAUUCCUUCCUUUAAUGCCCUUUGCAUUCUUAACAGUAGUCACUGUGUAUAGUGGCGGCAAUUAAAUAUAAUUAACACAUGCCUUGGAUAAACCAUAUAGUAAUGUGCACUGAUUAGGCGAAGGAAAUAUAUAAUGGCUUCAACUGUGGGUUGGAACAUGUACUGUAGCUCCCAAUGCAUUGCAAUGAAAACAGGUGUCCAGUGUUAAAGGAUUCUAAAGGUUUCACAUGACUUAGAUAGGGCUAGUGGAUCACAUGACACGUCAUAUGACCACAUUCAUUUUCGUACAUUCUAGGGGGUUUUGAAUUUUACAUUUUCUACAUUUUUGGACAGACAGCUCGAUGGCAAGAGGUUGUAACAGGUCAGAGCUUGAGAGAGGACACGAUUGAACUUCUAUAGAAACGAAAUGUGGCUCUACGAGACAAAUAGUCUUUUACAGAAUGUUUUAUCCUGGCUACUUACAAGAGAUCCAACUGAACCAAGAGCCAAUUGAACAGAAGAACAGAGUCAGAGGGGGGAAGGGCUUAUCGGCUGCUGGACAAUCAGAUUCACACUUGCUGACAUUACUGAACAUGUUGCAGCAGGAUCGCUAAUUCUGUAUCAUUUGUGUACUGACAUACAGGAUGCAAUCCACAGCUUUUUAAUUGCAACACGAGACUCAAACUGAGUACAGAUCCAGUGCAACUAGAAGCAACAGCAAAACACCCAUUGCUGCAUUACUGAGGCUCAGUGAUUAGGGGACAUUUUCGAAAGCAUUUCCAAAUUUCAAAUCAUUAUUUGGCAAGAAAAUAUGAGCUGAAAGUAUUCAUUGAAGCUUUCAGUUCUUUUCGAUGGCCAGAAUAAAAUGUGAUUAUCCAGGCCUGUUUUUGUGCCAGUUUUAUGAACAGGUAAUAGCUUUUUUUUGGCAGUGCUCUUAGAAAUAUUGAUGAAUUUUAGAGUUAGAUAGAUACUGUACACACACACACACACACACACACACACACACACACACACACACACACACACACACACACACAGUGCC